ACCUGGGAUCCUCAGUGAUAAAGAGAAGCGGCGAGGAGACGGACGGAGACCGGAGAGAUGGAGGGACACCGCGCGCUGUGCCUGGCCGCCGCCGUCAUCUACCUCCUGCAGGUUUUGCCGUCAUCGUGCGAAUCUCCUUCGGAAUGUCGCCCAGGAUUCUCCUCCAACGAGUUCAUCAUCACCACGGAGCGCAAAGAGAUCAGGAAGGACAAGAAGUUGGGAAAAGUGAAUUUUGUUGACUGCGUGGCACGGAAGCACAGCAGAUACGAUGUGGGGGACCCUCGAUUCUUGGUGACGGAAGAUGGCAGCCUGAUCACAAAACGUCACGUCAAGCUUCAUGGACGUGAAAUCAAGUUCAAUGCCACAACGUGGGACGCGCAGGGAAAGAAAUACUCCGCCAUUGUCACCAUCAAGAGGCUUCACAAAUCUAAAGAGAAAAAUCAUCGUAAAGGCAGACACCCCCUGCUGAUCUUCCCGGAGAAACAGGCCGGCCUGAAGAGAAGGAAGAGGGACUGGGUCGUCCCACCAAUCCUGGUGUCUGAAAACGCCAGGGGGACCUUCCCGAAGCGCUUGGUACAGAUCAAGUCCAACAAGAAUGUGAAGAUCUUCUACAGCAUCACCGGACAGGGCGCAGACACUCCCCCAGUGGGCGUGUUCACCAUAGAGAAGGAGACUGGCUGGAUGAUGGUGACCGUCCCCUUGGACCGGGAGAAACAUGCCAGCUACCAACUGCAAUCUCAUGCGGUCUCGGAGAGCGGUCAGCAGGUGGAAGAACCGAUGGAUAUCAUUGUCAAUGUCAUUGAUCAGAAUGACAACAGACCCCAGUUUACACAGGAAGUAUUCCGGGGCUUUGUUCGGGAAGGCGUCCAGCCAGGUACCCCUGUGAUGAAUGUAACGGCUACUGAUGAGGAUGACCCCACAACAGCAAAUGCUAUGCUUGGCUACUCCAUUCUAAAGCAAACCCCUGAGGAGCCAAUACCGGGGCUUUUUACCAUCAACAGCGUGACUGGGCUCAUCAGUGUCAUUGCCGCAGGACUGGAUCGAGAGAAAGUUCCGGAGUAUACGCUGAUAGUUCAGGCUGCAGAUAUGGAAGGCACUGGUCUGACGAACACUGCAACCGCUGUAAUCCAGAUAACGGACGCCAAUGAUAACGCACCGGUUUUUGAUCCUAUCAAGUACACGGCCCAGGUGCCUGAAAACGAAGUGGGCUUUGAAGUUCAAAGACUGUCGGUAACCGAUGACGACGAUAUGAAUUCUCCCGCUUGGCGAGCCGUUUACAAGAUUAGGGGCCCAGACGCCAGCUUCUUCGCCAUUACCACCGACCCGGCUUCCAACGAUGGCAUCCUUACUACAGCCAAGGGUUUGGACUUUGAGACCAGGAAGCAGUUUGUUCUGCAGAUCACGGUGGAGAACGAAGAGCCUUUCUCUGUCCCUCUGCCGACAUCAACAGCCACGGUCACCAUCAAUGUGGAGGACGUGAAUGAGGCCCCGUUCUUUGUUCCUGCGGUCAGCCGGGAAUCGGUAUUGGAGAACCUUCCUCGGGGGGAUAAGAUCACUGCGCUGGUCGCCCAGGACCCCGAUAAGCAGCAAAACCAGAAACUCAGGUACAAAAUUGGGAAUGACCCGGCCAGGUGGGUCUCUGUGAAUGAAGACACCGGCAUCGUCACCGGCAACGGAAACCUGGAUAGAGAGUCGGAAUACGUCAAGAACAACACCUACACCAUUAUCAUGAUGGUGAUCGAUGAUGGAAUCCCCUUUGCCACCGGCACCGGGACGCUCAUCCUGCAGGUACUCGAUAUAAACGACAACGGUCCCGUCCCGAAUCCUCGAGGCUUCAUCAUGUGCAGCAGCAACCCGGAGCCUCAAGAGCUGACAAUCAGUGAUGCCGAUCUUCCUCCGAACACCGAGCCGUACAGUGUGGAGCUGAGCCACGGAUCGGAACUCGUCUGGCACGCCGAGAUCAAAGGAAAAGCUUCAAUGACACUUUUGCCCAAAGAAGAUCUGAAGGUCGGGGACUACAAUGUAUACGUUCGUCUAUACGAUGCUCAGAGACUACCCCAACUUACGGUGGUCAACGCCACCAUCUGCAGCUGUGAGGGCAAAGCUGUGAGCUGUAGUGAGAAGGCCAUCGCUGGGGUCGAUCUUCCCAUCAUCUUGGUCAUUCUGGGAUCUGUUCUGGCUCUGCUCAUUCUCAUUCUGCUGUUGCUGCUGUUCUUGAAGAGGAAGAAGGUGGUGAAGGAACCUUUGCUGCUCCCAGAAGAUGACACCAGGGACAAUAUCUUCUACUAUGGAGAAGAGGGUGGUGGUGAGGAAGAUCAGGACUACGACUUGAGUCAGCUCCACCGAGGCCUAGAUGCUCGACCCGACGUCAUGAGAAACGAUGUGGUUCCAACCUUGAUGCCGGCACCACAGUACAGACCGCGGCCAUCCAACCCUGAUGAGAUCGGGAACUUCAUUGGGGAGAACCUGAUUGCUGCGGAUAACGACCCAACGGCUCCGCCCUACGACUCUCUCCUGGUCUUUGAUUACGAAGGCAGCGGGUCGGAGGCUGCCUCCCUCAGCUCCCUCAACUCCUCCAAUUCCGACCUCGACCAGAACUACGACUGCUUGAACGAGUGGGGCCCCCGAUUCCGGAAACUGGCGGAUAUGUACGGAGGAGAGGACGACUAAGGUCCCGGGGAGGAGGACAGUUGGGACUUGUAGCCAAUCGAUUGCCUUACACACUCCGGACAAUCUGAACAUAUGAUGCCUUACUUUGUAUAUAUGGCUGCCGGCAUGAAAUGUGCUUUAGAGUUUGACAUUCAGUCCUUUGCCAGUUCUUGGCGUUUUCUGACUACUAGACGAAACGCGCUCGGUGCCCGCUGCAAUCUCCCCUUCAGCCUUAAGAUGGGAAAGUCGAGACCCGUGCCUUCCUCCAUGCCGCCUUCCUCCAUGCCGCCUUCCUCCAUGCCGCCUUCCUCCAUGCCGCCUUCCUCCAUCCUUCAGUCUUUUAAUCUUAGAACUUUUAAAACUUAGCGGCACUCCUCCUCCAGAUGGGGGUUUGACUCGCUAGAACUUUAAUUUUUUUUGAACAGACAUCUUUUUGUUUUUAAUACACUCCGCCCCUCCCCCGCCUCAUUUUGGCAUUUGAUCUUCUCGGUUUUCUGUAGACAAACCUUCUUUACACUGGAUGAAAAGUUCAACCUUCAUGUUGGUUUCUAAGCCUCAGGUUUCUCGCUGUUCCCGUGUGCCUUGGUCUGGAGGAAGAUGCGUCCCUUUUUUUUAUUUUUUUCGGCCCUUAGCAUGGGGGAGGGGAAUUUGGUCACACUGGAAAUCCUUGGCACCCGUGGGAAACUCGGAAUCCUUAAAUGUUUCCAAACCUUCUCUACUGGUGGACUAGAUGAACAUUCCAGCCAAAAAACUUUGUUCUGAGAAGAAUGAGAUGCGUUUUUAUUACCGUUUGUAGAGAUUUCCCUCCACUUCCUGUCCUGGUGAUUGGAAACAUUUGGAGUGUAGCCUCCCAUAAUAUUCCAUAAUAGAAAGUGCCAUCAUCCAAAGUAAUGAGAACUAGAAAAGGUGGGAAUAUGGA